UGUGGGCGUACCUCUGAGGAUCAGCAUGCUAUCAAGCACUACGAGAAGCCUCGGUCAGACCCUCACUGUCUGGUGCUCAGCCUGGACAACUGGAGCGUUUGGUGUUACAUCUGUGAUGAUGAUGUCCAGUACUCUAAAACAGGCCAUCUGGCUCAGUUGGUGAACAACAUUAAGAAACAGGCCUUGUCUGAGCCCCGGAAACAAAGUCCACAGAGAAAGCAUUCAAUAGUGAAGCUGGAGGACAGCAUGAUAGAAGAGCCACAGGAAACCAAGGCAGAAGAGAAGGAAGAGAACACAGUGACACAACCGAAAGAAAACCAGAAGAAGAACGGCAAGAAAGAAAAUGGUUUGAAAGAGAGCAGCAGUUUGACUAGAGGACAGAAGGCCGUGGGAGGAGCCAGCAGCGGUGCAGUGGGAGGAGCCAGCAGCUGUCCGUUGUCAGUUAGAGGACUCAGUAACCUUGGAAACACCUGUUUCUUCAACUCUGUUGUUCAGGCCCUCUCUCAGACACAGAUGUUGAGACAGGUCAUCAACAAGGUGACAGCUGAAGAGAAGACCGGUGUCACCAUCACACCUGGAGUCUCCUCAGACCUGGAACCCAUCCUGGUACAGCUAGGUCCUCCGGGGUCUCUGACCGUGGCGAUGUGUCAGAUCCUGAAUGAGAUCCAGGAGACUAAGAAGGGGGUGGUCACCCCGAGAGAACUUUUCAGUCAGGUCUGCAAAAAAGCGGCACGGUUUAAAGGGUUUCAGCAGCAGGAUAGCCAGGAGCUUCUACGCUACUUGCUGGAUGGGAUGAGAGCCGAGGAGAUGAAAAGACUGAACUCUGGAAUAUCGGAAGCACUGAAAAAACACGGAAGAGAUGCUGAACAAUCGAAGAAGUUAGUCAAGGAGUAUGAGAAGAAGGGAGCUCCUAAUAACUUCGUAGACCAGGUGUUUGGUGGGGAGAUGACCAGCACAGUCAUGUGUCAGCAAUGCAAGACGGUUUCUUUGGUCAAGGAGAUGUUUCUGGAUCUGUCCCUUCCUGUCUCAGACCAGGCCUACAGGAAGAAGAGCCAGAAGAAAGGAGUGGGGAACCAGAAGGCUAGCACUGAGGAGAAAUAUAAUAACGGAGACAGCCCCAGCCCUGUCUCCAUGACCAAUGGAGACACCCACGACCUUCCUACUGGCAGCAAGUACCAGCAGAAGAAACAGAAGAAACAGGCCAAGAAACAGGCCAAGAACCAGAGACGUCAGCAGAAGCUAGUCCCCCUGGACAGCUUCACACCUCCAGAGAACACCGCAGAGAGCCCAGUACCAGCAGAGGAGGGGGAGGAGACAGGAAAUAGUACCCAGGGAGAGGAGGAGGAGGAGCCUCUGGUUGAGAGCCAAUCAUCAGAGACCGAGAGGUCCGAGACCGCUCCCUCAGAGCAGGACCAAGAGAAACCUCAGGGGGCAGGGCGCAUGGAGAAAGAUGAGGAGGAUUGUGAACCGGUGGCUGUGUCCAACAACCACUCCACUGUGAUGUCAGAAGAGCAGAGUCACCAGUCCCCUGAGGGGGUUGGAAAAAGAGACGGACACGAGGCUGAACAUAGAGGAGAGGAGGAGGAGGAGGAGAAUGAUGAUGGUGAUGCAGCCCAACCGUCUGGAGAUGAGCAAGACACCAAACUGACAGACAAGCUGGGUGAACUAUCUCUGAACGAAGCCUUCCUAGCCUCUGAGGACUCGGACCUGGAGCUGGGGUGCAGAGAUGGAGACACGUCUGCUGAGACGGAAUCGGAGACAAAGCUGGAGGGGAAGGAGUACACAGUCUCUCACCAGGAUCCUAAACUGGCCUUUCACACGCUGGCCACCAGGGCGGCGCCAGGGAACCAGGAGUGCUCUGUGGAGUCCUGUCUCUACCAGUUCACAGAGGUAGAGAACCUCACUCAGAACAACUCUCUUCUCUGUGUCACCUGCACCAAGAGACAGACCAAAAACAAGGCUGCAGAAGGCUCCAAGAAGGUGUACACCGAUGCUCUGAAGCAAAUGCUGAUCUCGUCUCCCCCUCCGGUGCUUACUCUUCACCUGAAGAGAUUCCAGCAGAUUGGGUACAGUGUGUGUAAGGUGAACAGCCACGUCAACUUCCCUCACAUUCUAGACGUAGCACCAUUCUGCUCUGUCAUAUGCAAGGGUGUGUCGGAGGGAGGCUCUCGGGUGCUUUACAGUCUGUAUGGUAUAGUAGAACACAGUGGGACUAUGAGAAGUGGUCAUUAUACAGCCUACGUCAAAGCCAGACCUUUCUACCCCUCCACGACACACACCGGAGUGGCCACACAUGGUGAGCCAGAGCCGGUGAAAGGGGCGUGGUUCCACGUGAGUGACAGUAGUGUGCAGCCAGUCACGGAGAGCAAAGUGCAGAGCUCCCAAGCCUACCUCCUAUUCUACGAGAGGAUCUCCUAGACCUGCCUACGUCUCAACUUGUACCCCAUUUACCUACAUACUGUUGGCUGUGUUUACACGGGCAGCCCUGGUUCUGAUCUUUAGACAAUAAUUGGUCUUUUGACCGAUCAGAUCUUAUUCCAAUACUUGGGCAAAAGAUCAGAAUUGGGCUGGCUGUUUAAACGCAGCCGUAGUGCACUACUUUUGGCCAGAGCCUUAUUAUGCAGCCUUAUGAGGCUUUUCCCCAGACAAAUUUAGUGCACUAUAAAUGCCCUAUUCCCUACAUAGUGCACUACUUAUGGCCUGAGACAUUGUACUGGUAUUGAUAUAAGCCAGAUGAAGUGCAGAGUGAAUACGAGUGGAGUAUUUUUUUUUCUUCUUUUUAUAAUCAAUAUAAAGGGUUGUGUCUUAAAUGGAGCCCUAUUCCCUAUGUAGUGCACUACUUUUGACCAGAACCCUAUUUGUCCUGUUCAAAAGCAGUGCACUAAAAUAGGGAUUUUUUUUUUUUUUUUUUUAAUGAGGGUGACAUUUGAGACCUUGACAAAGAUAAUUAAUUAAGAUCAUGACUGGAGAUGUCCCAAAAACGAACAAUAUUUAGCUUGGAAGUUUUUUUUUUUUUUUUUUUCCUGAUGAAUUAAUUGUAUCAGUAAUGAACAUAAAAAGAAUCCCAAGUAUUUUUUUUUACUGUGCAUAUGUGACUAUACAGUGUUUUCCUAAAAAAGAAAGAAAGAAGGGAGCACAGAUCAUUGCGUGCGUCCCAAAUUGCACCGUAUAUAAGGGCACUGCAUUUUGAUCGGAGGUCUAAACUGGAAAUCAGGUGCCAUUCUAUUGAAUGACAUGAAACCAUAGAAGAGUUUGUUGAUUCAUCUGUCUGAUUGCUUGGUGUGUUACACAGUAGAAGAAAAAUAAACCUGCCAAUACCUUCUUUUUUUUAAAAUUAUUAUUAUUGCUGCAAUAUGUGACAUUUUGGGCAGACCUGACCAAAUUCACAUAGAAGUGCAGUUAUAGAUCUGUCAUUCUUAUUAAAGCAAGUUUAAGAAUUGGCAGAUAUGUUCUAUUUCUGAAAAUACUAUAUUUUUGGUUAUGGAAAAAAAUAUUUCACAGAGGUUAAGAUGGUACAAUUAUUCUCUACACUAUUCUUGCUUAUUUUGUCACGAACUGUAAUUAGGAAAAUUAUUAUGAUUUUAGCAACCAGGAAAUGGCAAAUAUUUCUGCAUAGUGCUCCUUUAAAUUGUUAAAAACGAUCCGUGGGGAAAAAAACGAUAAUUUUUAUGACAUUUUUAUUUGAGUACUUUUUAUAUUGUGUUGUCAAGAUGCAUAUUAAAAAGCUUGAAAUACAGGAAAAA